AUGGACACAAUCAAGAAAGCAAUCGGCAGCGCCUUCGACCCUAACACCGACAUUCCAGACCUGAGCGGAAAGGUUUAUGUCGUAACAGGCGGCUCCGCUGGCAUCGGCUAUGGCAUCGUUGCCCAUCUCCUCCAACACAACCCUGCCAAAAUCUAUCUCCUCUCGAAUAAAGAAGACCACGCCGACGAGGCCCAAGAGGCGCUCAAGGAAUGGGGUGAUGUCAGCAAGGUUGAGUGGCGCAAGUGCAACCUUGAAGACUUGAAGCAGGUGGACGAGGUGGCUAAGUCGCUGGCAAAAGAGCUGGACAGGCUUGAUGCAUUGGUUUGCAAUGCUGGUCUCGGUGUUGGUGUGUACAACGAAACGCGCGAUGGCCUGGACAGCCACAUGCAGGUCAACGUCUUCUCACAAGCCCAUCUCACACUCGUGCUCUUGCCCAUUUUACAAAAGACGUCAGAUUCGCGCAUCGUGCACCAGUCGUCCGACCUCCACCGUGGUGCAGACUCGAGCAUGAAGUUUGAAUCAAUUGAUGAGAUCAACCAGGAUAUCGGUGCCACGAAGCUCUACAACCGAACAAAACUGGCCCAGAUUCUCUUUCUUCGCGAACUCUAUUCCCACAUCAAGGCGGGCGACUUUGGAGAGGUUACGAACAGUUUGGGUCUGCCGUGGAUCAAUGCAACACACCCCGGUGGUGUCUUGACGGAUCAACAGAAUCAAGCCAUUGAAGCGUAUGGCACGCUUGGUAAGGUCGGCGUGAAUGCUGUGCGACCAUUCAUGAAGGACCCAGUGGCCGAAGGCUGUCGGCCUGCCCUGUUUGCAGCAGCAUCGCCAGACAUUGUCAAAGAUCAAAUCCAGAACUCAUACAUUGUUCCCGAUAAGAAGGUACAGGCGCCAUCUAACCAGGCCCUGGAUGAGAAGCUGCAGGCAAACGUGUGGAAGUUGACAAAGGAGGUGUUGGAGUCAAAGCUUGGAAGUUUGCCGUAUCAAAUGAAGGUUUAA